UAAAUCAUCUAUAACAAGCUGCUUUAAUUUCUCAAGGCAUGCUGAUUUCAAAUCAACAAAAUGUUGAAUUGCGAAAAUGUUUUCUAAUUUACUAUAUUGACAAUCUAAUUUGUACAUAACAUUUUUAUCUUUCUGAAUGUUUUCGACAAUUAAGCGUGGCACAUAUGUAGCAUCUGUAUUUAUUCUAUCAACCGUAUGCAUUGUAAUUUAGAACACAAUCAUCUAAAUUAAAAUCUUCUCUUAAACUAUUUAUACUAUCUCGGUAUUGUUUCAUCUUUUUACUUGCAGUAGUUAAAUGAUUAUUUGUAGGGAUUUUGCCGAGCAAAUCAAGUAAAUUGUUUUUAUUUGAGCUAGAUAAUCUAGCUCAAAUAAAAACAAUUUACUUGUGUUUGUGUAUUUGAAUUAAUACUAUCUUUAACUGUAAAGUCGACAGAAAUAAGAUCAUUCAUAAUUGAAUUCUUAUUGUUGCUGGUGUGGGUUGUCUUCAGAAAAAGUUCUUCUUGUUUUGUGUAAAAUUUUUACAUCAUUUAAAAGUGGUCGAAUUUUGUAUUAGUCCCACUAACGAGGGAAGGUCACCAACUGAACUUGCUGCUAUGUCGUUACUCGAUAUCGACAAAGAAAUGAAUCGCAUCGAUUUUAAUGAUGAUUCAAUAUUGACCGACAUUGCUGAUCUGUUCGCCUAUUGCUCAACACAAGUUCAUACCAAAUUUGUUACGACUCUUCUCUAUAUGGCUCUACGCCGACUUGGCGUAACAUGGCGAAAAAUCGAACCCUUUUUGAAGGCAAUUGGUGCAAUGACUGCAGAGACUGCUCAUAAAUGGGUCGAUGUACUUAUAAAUGAAGACUUUGAUGUAUUCACGAAUGAAUAUCGAGGAGGAAAGAGAAGCGAUAGCUUCUAUGACACCUUUCCUGAUCUAGAAGUAGAGGCUCGUCAAUAUGUCCUCGAAGGGUGUACUCGCAAGGAUUCGUCGUUUACUGCGGAAAAGUUGGCACGCUUCAUUGACAAGCGUUUCUAUGAAGUGACCAAUAUCAAAAAGGUGGAUGACACUCUUGUUCGAUCGGUAGAAAGUUGUCGACUCGACAUACGUCGAUUUGGUGCAAAGUAUGAAUCGAAUACUGGUCGACCCUAUUUUCUCGGUCAUGAACGCGAGGACGUCGUAGAACAUCGUGAAGAUUUUGUCAAAUAUUUCUUGAAACAUGAAAGUGACUUUUACACCUUCACAGACGGAGAUUCACCGAAGUGGACGAUUCCUGCUCAAAAUCCAACAAUCUUGAUAUGUGAGCAAAUUGGAAAAACUCGCCUCUCAAUAUGA